AUGGGCGAGCAAGAAAUCGUUGUAGACUACAUUGGAAGGAUUCAAGUCAUUGUAAAUGCGAUGAGAUCAUGCGACAAAGUUGUGAAAGACAAGAAAAUAGUCGAGAAAAUUCUCAGAACCUUGACACCCCAGUUUGACUAUAUCAUCGUUGUGAUAGAAGAGUGCAAAAAUCUUGAAGUGAUGAAGGUGGAGGAAUUACAGAAUUCGCUAGAGGCACAUGAACAAAGAUUAAUCGAAAGAAGAAAUGCAGAGAAAGAAGUGCAUCAGAAAAGCAAAGGAAAUGAGGAGGCUAAUCUUGCGCAAGAUGCAGAUGAUUUUGAUUUUGAUCACGUGUUAUUAAUGAGUACAAUCGAAGAUAACGAAGAUGGGUGCAAGAAUGGUGAUUCUGCAUGCGACAACAUGUGUAACGAGUGCAAGAACGAUGACUCUGCAUGCGACAAGUGUUGCAAGGUUGAACACGUGUCGUUAGCUGACGAAACAAAUCAUGCAGAAGAUGAAUCCUGCUGGUACUUAGAAACAGGUUGCUCCAACCAUAUGACUGAGAAGAAAGAUUUAUUGUUAGAUUUGGACCCGAGUAUCAAAAGCAGCGUGCAAUUCGUUGAUGAUAGUGUGAUCAUGGCUGAAGGAGCUGAAAGAAUCAUGACCAAACAAAAAGAUGGACAAUCGGCCUACAUGAAUAAUGUCUUGUAUGUUCCAAACAUGAUUGCUGAGUUUGGGGCAACUUCUCGAAAAAGGCUAUACAAUGACGAUGCGCUAGAAACACAUAGACGUAUUCGAUGA